AUGGAAAAUUUUGAAGCAUAUUUCAUAAUACUAUGCGGCAUUUUUGGUAGCCUUUUUGUCGUCGCCAGGCGCUCUAUCUUCCGCCGCAUCGCUAGACGUAUUUACAGAAGCCUCGCUUAUACAUUCAUCCUCCGUCGUCACCGAUGGAUGGGCCCGUGGACGGUUGGAGCAUUCAUGCUUCAGAUCUCGUACAUCAUUGCAAACUUUAUCUGUAUCGCGUUUCGCGUCUCUUCCCUCGCAGACGCUGGCGCUCGGGCAGGCAGAUUAUCAUUGAUCAAUAUGGCCCCUCUCUUUCUAGGUCCUCAUCUCGGUUUUCUUGCGGAUGUUUUUGGCAUGCCGGUUAGAGCAUUCCAUAAGGUCCAUUGCUCCUAUGGCGCAAUGUCCACCGGCUUGGUGCUUUUCCAUGGUGGUGUCAUGGCACUGUUGGAGGGGCCGCAAGAUAUCUACGUCUCCACGGGUGCAAUAUCGCUCGCCGUGCUCCUUCUAUUGUCAAUGCCUCUUCUGCGCCGUGCUUUUUAUGAGAUCUUUCUCCGGACCCACCAAGCAAUCGCCAUCUUUGCCGCUUCCUCCAUCUGGUGGCACCUCCGUUCCAUGCCUCGCUUUCCGUGGGAAUAUAUCUACAUUUACGGGGGCUUAUCCGGUAUCCUGAAUCUAUUUCAGCUCGGCUGCACUGCGUAUCGAAAUAAAAGAUGGGGCAGCCCUCUCCCUCGGCUAAUCAUUAGAGAGGAUGGAGGAGAUGUAUGCAUAACGGUGGAAUUGUCACGGCCGGUACGCCUGAAGGCGGGGCAGUAUAUAAACCUGUGGAUAUGGGCUCCAACUGUCAGUUUCUGGUCGUGGACGCAGAGCCAUCCUUUUACGGUCGUCUCAUGGUCGCCUGCUGAGCAGCGUAGCUUGGAGCUGCUCAUCCAGCCCCGCAAGGGAUUCACAUCUAAAUUACUACAGACGAAUAAGAGGAUGAAGAACGGCGAUGACGCGUCGCUGUCAUAUCCUGCCCUAUUUAGUGGGCCUCAUGGGAUCAGCUUCCCAGUAUGGGGUUUUAAAACUGUCCUUAUGUUUGCGACGGGAUUUGGGAUUGCCGCCAUGCUACCAUACCUUGAAAAGUUGAUACACGAUCACAAAUACUGCAAAAGCCGGACUCGUCGGAUCCACUUGGUGUGGCAUACGGAGGGCAUACCUCAGUUCACAAGGAUUCUUAAUCUUCUCAAUUAUCGUCUGAAAGAUGACGCAAUAGACAAUAGCUACAUCCUGCAUAUUUCCAUAUAUAACGAAGGCAACGAAGGCAGGCUGGGAAAAAAGGAGUUUGGUGAACAUGGGCGUGCAGCUUUCUUUGCCGGGCUCCCAGACCUCGAGGCAAUCUUGGCUGCGGAGAAUGGCAAUUUCAUUCAACCGAUGGGGAAAGGUGGUGCCUGCAUGGACCAUGGAGACCUGUUUCGGCAAGUUGAAGAAGUUCAGACUGACAAAGGCAGAGUCUUGGUGUUAGCAUCCGGAACAGCCGAACUUCGAGACAAAUUGCGGGAGCUCGUGAGGCGCUGUUCACAUAAAAAGGUGAGUCUAAAAGAGUUGGACUACCAGCCCGGAUAA